AUGGACGGCGACUUACCUUUAGGGGUGUUGAAAUACUGCGAGAACCUGCACGGAAAAUGGUACUUUAGCGAAAUACGCGCGAUCUUCUCCAGACGUUACUUGCUGCAGAACACGGCCAUCGAGAUGUUCCUUGCAAGCAGAACCUCAAUAUUCUUCGCAUUCCCGGACCAGACGACGGUGAAGAAGGUGAUAAAAGCUUUGCCUCGAGUCGGAGUUGGUAUCAAGUACGGCAUUCCUCAGACCAGGUAA